UCUAGUGCCACCAAGUGGACGUGUUUACUUGCCAAGAUAAGCUUUCUUAAAAUUAUUUUUAUUUCAACAGUUAUGUUCAACUUCUAUGGAUGUUUAUUGCUAAGCGCUGCUUCUUCACAUGCUGAAGCAUUUUCUUCUGAACCAAAUAUUUCAAGCAUAAUAGCAUGUAUUGUUUUAAUUGCUUCCCUAACACCUUGCUCAAGAGUGCUGUUUGACAGCAGCAGAACCUGACACUCCUCAUACUUCAUGCGGAUAAUGUGCACUUCCACGGGCACUCUUCUGCCUUUGUUAAUAACCUGACCUGGGAAAAACCACCAUGUGAAGUAGCAGUUGAAAACUCAGUGGUCUGUUUACUCCUCCAGUCUUUUUCCUCCAUCAAAGCCAUAUGAUGAACUAUAUAGAAAGUUAUGAGAGCAGAGUGGGAUGGGCAAGCUUGGUAACAGGAUCAACGUAGAAGAAUACUUCUGAUUUGAAAUGGAGUUUUCCACAUUGCUGGAUUAGACAGCUUGCCAAAUCCUAUGCAUACUAGAGCCCCAUGUCAGAAUUUGGAAGGUGCUGUAAUGGAGCAAGGUCAGCAGACCAGUCUAGGUCAUGUCACCUGGUUAGAUAAGGGUUACUCUGUUUCCUGUACUAAAGGAGUCUCAGAACUCAAGAUCAUAACUCAAUCUGUAACUGUAAAUAUACAUACCGGAGCUCUGCCGUACCAUUGCUUGGCUGUUUUGACUGAGCAGUCAUGUAUCGUUCUUAGAAGUAAAAAUCCAUCUUUGCAUUCUGACUUGUUUAAACUACUCAAGCUCUGUUCUGCCAGGUCUGACUUCUGAUAUCCAUAUCCUUGGGCCAGGAAUGUUCUACAUGCACACUUGUUUUGUUUUGUUUUCCCUUCACCUCCUCUUUGCAGUCUUCCAUGACUCUAAGUCACAGAGCAUGGGAAGUCAAGAUGUUACUAGGCCAGUUACAGUAUGUGAAUGUGCUGCUCUUCCCAGCAGGUCUGUUUCAGUAGCUUAGAGCGCUGUUUAAGGCAAUCUUCCAGGAGGAUUCCUGCUCCUGCCCCUGUCCUCCCUUGAUGUAGUUCAAACAUGUGUCAACAUGUGAACUGUCGGUACUGUUGCCAGCAAGACACAACCUGGGCCUGAGCAGAGUGUCAGCAAAGGCUUCUGGGUCAGGUGGUGCAGUCAGACUGCAAGAUAGAAAUGUCCUCUUUGUUCUCCUUUUUUUUAAGGUAUCUUUAGUAUUUUCCAAGUGUUGGUAGGAGUACUAAUUUAUUUACUCUUUUCCAGAUUGCUUUCAACAACAAAAGAAUAAUCUUGACUAUUAUAGAAACCUAAUUGCAAUGAGAACUGAAAUUCCAUUUGGAAUGAUUUCAUCCUGGAGAAACUGUGUCCUCUUUUCUGUAUGACCGUUCCAAGUUUAUUUCAUUUCACAUUCUUACUGCGGGAAGUACAAACACCAUCGUGGAGACCAUGGAUUUUGAGGAAGCAGCAGUUUUCUCUGCCCAGAGUGCCCUCACUUCAGGCAGCAGGAAAGAAGGACUCUUUCAAUCUCCUUGGACUAACUGAGGGAGAAUUGAAAGAACAGUUUGUAAGAGGUGACGGCCCAGGAGGUCAAGCCACAAAUAAGACAAACAACUGUGUUGUCUUGAAGCAUAUUCCAUCUGGGAUUGUAGUAAAGUGUCAUCAAACAAGAUCAGUGGAGCAGAACCGGAAGAUAGCCAGAGAAAUCCUGCAGCAAAAAGUUGACCUCUUCUACAAAGGUGAAGACAGUGAUGUUUUUAAAGAAAAGAAAGCAUCAGAGAAGAAGAAGCAAGAGAAAAAAAGACGAGCAAAGGAAAACCUAGAAAGGAAAAGGCAUUUUAAAGAGAUGCAACAAUCAGAUAAGAAAUAAAUAUGUGAAGUACUUACUUGCCCUGUCAGGGUAAGGGAAGUGUUUGUCAUUAUGCCUAAACAGUUUUAAAACUGAUGAUGUAUGGCUUCAUAAGCACAACUGAAAUACCAAGUAGUGACCUGCUGUUAGGGUAAAACCAAAGUGACAGAAGCAAUCGUGUGUUCCUGCUUCGGUCUGCCGUCAUCUCAGUAAUCACACUUAGCAAUCGGGUUUUCUGCCAAAGUCAGAAGGUGAUAAACCAAUCCUUGUUAAAAAGGAACUAUUGACUUUCCACCAUUGUUAAUAGAGACAGAAACAAUUCAACAGCUCUCCUUCUCCCUGGAUGAUACCCUAUGAUGCUGUGUAGGAGUUCCAAUACAUACAGAGAACAGCCCUCAAAGGCUGUAAUGUUCCAUCCUCACUCAGGCAACGCCUCUGCUGACAUAAAUCCUUUAUAAAGGGUGCCCAGGUUCAGGUGCUGGUUUUGGUGGUGUGAACAGACACGCUGAUCCAAGAGACACCAGCCACUGGAUGCUUCCUUCACAUCUGUUGGCUGAACAAAUGCUGUCCUACUCCAUUCAGAAUUAAAUUUAAACAGAAGCUUUACAAAUCUUGUCUGGAGUGGUGAUGAGCAUCAGGGGGACAGGCACUCCUGCAAGGGAGGCUUGGUCAGUCACAUUCUUCCAGUUCAAAGAUAAAAUUGGGCUGUUACAAAGAGCAGCGUCUGUUGGAAGCUGCCUUCCAAGGCAACAGAAUGCAGUUCAUCCAAGCUGUGAAGUAAUUAACUUUGUCUCUUAAUACUGCAUUUUCUUCAAGAAUCCAUAGUUCCAUAUACAUCACGAUUCUGUGAUGUAUUAGAUAUCCCAGAUAUCCCAUGUUCCUUAGGAUUUAGAUUUGAUUGUACAGCAGUGAAUUACAGCCAUUUAUUACAUUUAUGUCAUGCUGCGUUUAAGCUUGGGCAUUUUGGUAUCUUCGCUCAUUUUGAGAGUUUCCCAUUCUAUGGAAAUACAGACAGCUGCUUUCCUUUGUUACUGUUACUUUGGAGCCACUAGUGAAGCGUACCUCCCUACUUUGGUCCUGUUAAGAACUCUUUAAUUGCUUAACCAGAACUUCUAAUUUUUGGGCAGAACCCUCACUGGCUGCCAUGGAGUUCUCACCUUCCACAGCAAAGGGAGGGUGCUUUGAGAACCGAAGCCAUAGUACGUAUUUUGAAAGCGAUGGAGACUCCUAGUAACUACACCGCCUUCUUGCAGAGAUCUGCUGCGGCCAGACUGUACCACAGAUGGAAACUCUCCAGCAAUGUGCAGGCCCACUCCCUUGUCUGCUCCUGAACUUGAGCCUCCUGCAUGAAGAAUUAGAUCUUUUACCUGUUUA